UAUCAGAUACCCUGGACUCCUUCCCAGAAUCAGAAUAGUACCCGCUAGGAUUGCCAGCAGAGGGGACUGCUCACAUGUUAUACUGCUCAGUUGUCGUAUCAUUGGCAAGAUUUACCCUUAAUGUCUUUAGUUGUGCAAGGUGUCCCACAUGAUUUUUUGGUAGAUACCGGAGCAACUAAAUCUAGCAUUUCUGCUAGAGAAUACAAUGGGCCAGUGACUAAUACAUGUGAAAAAUCUGUUGGCAUUACAGGAGUCCCAAUUUCGUGUCCCAGGACGCCUCCUUUGGAGGUGUAUCCAAAUGACAGCCCUUCAAACAGAUUUGUUUAUGCUUUUCGCAUAAUACCCAAUAGUCCUGUUAAUUUGCUUGGAAGGGAUUUAAUGGCUAAGAUGCAAAUGUCUGUUAACAUUGAUUGCAAGGGAGGAUUGCAUGUUGACACUCCCUGGGAUUCAGUUCCGUUGCUGUAUGCAGCUGAUCCUGAACCUGCCCUUACUAAACAGUUGUACCUUGAUAAACUCAGUUUACAGACUCUUGAGAAUGUGUUUGAGUAUGCCUCACACCCUGACAAAGUUGUGACACAAGCUUUUUACAGACCUUGGAUUACUGACCAUGUUGAGAAAGAGAUGUGGAAAGCACCAGUUAAUGCAGUUGUACUUACACCAGAUACAGUUUAUGUGCAAACACCAGAACAUUUGUGGACAUGGAAAUAUGGCAGGAAUAUUGUAAAAGAUCCUAAGGUUAUACCUGUACAAUUAGAGCCAGAUGCAUUCACACAUGCUUCACAUGUCACUAAUGAUGUGCCAGAGGCACUUGAUGAGUUAAAGCAGAGUUUAUGGGCCACUGGAUUUAAUGAUCCAGGUUUCAUUUCAUGCACACCAUAUAAAGCCACUCUCAAACCAGGUGCUAAACCUGUAUACAUUAAGCAGUACCCUUUGUCUAAGGAAAAGGAACAGGGAAUAGCUCCUGUAAUUAAGGACCUAUUGUCUAAGAAAGUUAUUAGACGCACACUGUCACCAUACAAUACACCUAUCAAUCCUGUUCCUAAACCUGGAGGUACAGAAUACAGAUUUACACAAGACUUGCGAGCAGUAAAUGCUCUGGUGCAGCCACUUGCACCGAUAGUGCCAGAUGUUAAUGCUAUUUUAACAGCCAUCCCAAGUACUGCAACUUGCUUUACAGUCAUUGAUCUCUGCAGUGCAUUCUUUAGCAUCCCUGUGCAUCCCGACACUCAACCGUUGUUUGGUUUUACGUAUUUAGGGAAUCAAUAUACGUUUAAUCGUUUACCAAUGGGCUUUAUUGAUUCCCCUGCCGCGUACUCAGCUGUAGUUCGUAAGACCCUAGAAUCCUGGACACCUCCUGAAGGUUCCACUUUGAUACAGUAUGUGGAUGAUUUGUUGUUGUGCAGUGUUGAUGAACAGACUUGUAAAACUGACUCUCUCCAUUUGCUUCAGCACUUAGGUGAUGCAGGGCACAAAGUGACUUUGAGAAAAAUGCAAUUUUGUCUUCCACAAGUAACAUACCUGGGUUUUCUUCUUUCAGCAGGCAAGAGACUGUUAUCCCCUGAAAGAGUUAAGGCUCUCAUGGUUAUUCCUCGACCACAAACAAAGACUGCUAUGUUAUCUUUUCUGGUUACAGGUCAGCAUGAACCAGAACAAAUCCACUGGACACAGGCUCUUGAUAAGGCCUACAACACCCUCAAGCAGGCUCUCUGUUCCGCUCCAGCCCUAGGUUUACCCAACUAUAACCUACCAUUUCACCUGUAUUGCACAGAAGGGGGAGGUACAGCAGCAGGGGUCCUUGCUCAGGAACACGGUAAUGGGUACAGAGCGGUAGCUUUUUAUUCAAAAUUAUUGCCAACGGUGGUACAGGGUAUGCCAGCAUGCUUAAGAGCUACAGCAGCAUGCGCUAUGAUGGUGGAAGCGGCACAAACAUUGGUACUGUCACAUUCUCUGAUAUUGCAUACAUCACAUCAAGUCUUGCAAGUGUUAAAUAAUCUCACUACACAGCACAUGACUGCACAGAGAAGGUCAGGCUAUGAAACAAUUCUCACAUCCACUGCAAACCUCACUAUCAAAUACAUUGCACCCACAGGAGGCCCAGCACCUUUAUUACAUGCAUUGAUUUCUAAAUGUCCUUUAGAACACCCUGAGGACCACAAUUGCAUAGACACUGUACACACAGAGACGUCACCACGUCUUGACUUGCAAACAACUCCACUAGAGGAGGGAGAAGUUGUUUUUGUUGAUGGGUCAUGUUCUAAACCUGCUGAUGGUGUUUAUCUUACAGGCUUUGCUGUGGUACAGUUACCCGACACAGUGGUUACUGCUGGUUCUCUGCCUUUUGUGUCGGCCCAAGCAGCUGAAUUGGUAGCCCUAGCUCAGGCAUGUAGAGCGUUUGCGAUGAAAGAUGUGACCAUUUACACUGACUCAAGGUAUGCGUUUGGAGUUGUGCAUGAUUUUGGAGUGAUUUGGCAGAACAGAGGUUUUGUUGCAGCUGAUGGUAAGAGUAUCUCACAUUCUACACUGGUACAGGAACUCUUAGAUGCAAUUAAAUUACCACAUAAGCUAGCAAUUGUUAAAUGUAAAGGCCACAGUACUGACUCCACUGACGUUAGACUUGGCAAUGAUUUUGCAGACACCAUUGCUAAGGAAGCUGCGUUUCGGGGUCCACCGCACCCUGACUAUCUCAGCACUACUACACAGGAACAGUUACACAUGGUAAUGAUUCCUGCCUUAGCAUCUGAUGUGGAUGUGGCGCACCUACAGUUUGGCGCAACUGAAACUGAUUUACAGACUUGGAUCUCUGCUAGUCUGACCAAAGGCCAAGAUGGCCUUUGGUCAGACGAGGAGGGGAGAGUAGGGAUACCACAAAUUGCCGCACCUUUGUUUAUUAGUCAUUUUCAUGGUUUUGGCCACAUAAGUAAACAACAGACCAAGAAUCUGAUGACAUCCAAGUAUGUCAUUAAAGAUCUGUUGCGCAUGAUUGAUAGACAACUGGACAGAUGUCUAACUUGUGCCAGAAAUAAUCCUGGAGGCCUUGUACAUGGUAAACUUGAGCAUUUACCACCCCCUGAUGGUCCUAUGCAGGUAUUGCAAAUUGAUUUCACACACAUGCCCACUGCGCGAGGUGGAUACAAGUAUCUUUUAGUCAUUGUUGAUCAAUUCAGUAAGUGGGUUGAGGCCUUUCCAACCACUCAAGAGAAUGCACGUACUGUAGCAAAGAUAUUGUGCAAGGAAAUUAUUCCUCGUUUUGGUUGUCCAUUACAGAUAAACAGUGACAGAGGUACUCCUUUCACUUCACAGAUUACACAAAUGAUUUGUACUAUGUUGUCCAUUGACUGGAAGUUUCAUAUUCCUUAUCACCCACAGUCAUCAGGACAGGUAGAGCGCAUGAAUAGAACCAUUAAAGAUAAGUUCAGGAAGGGAACUGGUGGUACAUUUACUAAUUGGCUUGAACAUUUACCUGCAGUAUUGGCAGAAAUCAGAAUGACCCCUAGCACCACUACGGGUUAUUCACCUUUUGAAAUUCUGAUGGGCAGACCUUUUCCAACCCCAUGGUGUAAACAAAAAGGUUCUCCUGUGGUAAGGGGAGAUAUCAAUGUUGUAAGGGAAGAAUAUGUAACUAAUCUGAUUGAAACAUUGAAUGGCAUCUAUGGUGAUGUUUCUUCUACUCUUCCUCAGCCUACAGGUAUCCCGACACACCCGUUCAAGCCUGGAGAUACUGUCUUGGUGAAGCAGCUCCACAAGAAUAAGUCGCUGGAUCCUCCUUUUGGCCUUCCAACUACAGUGAUCGCUGUGACGAGAACCGCUGUCCUUACAGAGGAAGCUCCAGUAUGGAUCCACGCGAAUCGGAUCAAGAGGGCCCCAGACGACGUCAACCCUGGCCGCUCCAUGAUUCCAUCGAGUAUCGAAUAG